UAAACAGUGUACACCAAACAACCGAUGACCGACGCCUCUUUCCAUUUUCAAAACUUAUAACAAGCAUACAAUCAUACAUCAAUGCAUUUUACAUUACUUAGCUCAGAAAGAAAACAAUACUGAUUGUAGAUGAAUUCGUAGGGGAAAUGAAAUGAGUUUUGCAACAAUCGUUUCAAUGGAAUUUGUUAUCGAAAGGUGUGUACUCGACCUCGUACGCCAAUGGAACUAAUCAAUUAUAAGUACGUGGUGAUACGUCGUGAAAUGAGAGUAAUUGGUUGAACGAGCGAUGAGGUGACAGCGAGUAGCGACAUCAAAUAUUUAUGGAAAAAAAUUAUUUUUUUGACAAUCAUGAGUUUAACUGACGAAAAAUUAAUCAACGAAAGCGAUUUGUUGUCGAAUAAAGACGUUCUAGAAGAAGAAAAAGAGAAUGACAGUGGAAACGUCAAGGAUGCACAGCACAUAACACCUGAAAUGGUGCUACGCCUACCUGCCAUCACUGAAAAUUAUCUUUGCACACCAGAGGCUAAUACGUACGACAUUGACUUUACUAGAUUUCAAAUACGUGAUUUGGAAACAGGAACGAUUCUUUUUGAAAUUUCGAAACCACCAGCAACUGAGGAGGAACUUGAUUAUAAACCAGCAGCAACUCCUUCAGAUGACGGUCGAAAUGACUCUAAUGCAGGAAGAUUUGUGCGUUAUCAAUUCACACCUCAAUUCUUGAAGUUAAAGACUGUAGGAGCAACAGUGGAAUUCAUGGUUGGAUCACGGUCAGCGAAAAAUUUCCGAAUGAUAGAAAGACACUUUUUCAGAGAUAAAUUAUUAAAAACCUUUGACUUUGAAUUUGGUUUUUGUAUACCCAACAGUAAAAAUACGUGUGAGCACAUUUACGAAUUUCCUACACUUGCUCCAGAACUAGUGGCUGAAAUGAUAGCUAAUCCGUUUGAAACGAGAUCUGACUCUUUUUAUUUUGUGGAUGAUCAACUUGUGAUGCACAAUAAGGCUGACUAUGCAUAUGAUGGAGGCUUGGAGUAAAAAAAUUAAGAUUACUUUCAACAAUUAUAAGAACAGUCUUUAGUAAAACUACGGACUACAAAAUCAUAUUUAUAUAAUCCAAUCACAUCACUGGGAUGAUUUAAAAAAUUAUCCAAACCAUUAAAAUUCAUGCUUUUAUAGAUUUAUCGAAAAAUUUUUUCUUUAGUUCGUGUGUAUCUAAAUUUUUCGGCUACACUAAUUGAUUUCGGAAUAAAUGUGUAACUUGAAAAUAAGCUGAUGAGUUACAACCAAUUCAAUGAUUAUGUCUUUUGAAAAAAAAGUUAAUUAGAAGCAAUUCGGAAAAGUUACAACGCGUAAGAAUGGAAAAAAUUUUGAAAUUUUUAAAAAUUUAUAAAAUCUAGGCAAAGAAAAAGAUUUCA